AAACCGUAAAUGAAAACCAGCUAAGUUUGGAGGAUAAAGAAUGCUUUUGUUUCUUGCAGAUGUUUAAGUCAUGGAUUUGUUGGCUUAUGAUUGGGGACUUUGGAAAAAUCUAGUCAGAGAGAUUUCAUGCAAUCAGAAUGAUCAGGAUGCAUCCUGCUUAAACACCGCAGUUCAGUGGUAUGAAAAUGAAACAAUGUCUAAAUAUGGUUGUCAACCACAAUGGUCAGAAUUCCUCAUGUGCCUGCAGCAGGAGGAGCCUAUCAUUCAAGAUAGAGAGCUUAAAUGGUACCCUGUUUUCCAUCACCUUUCCUAUGGUUUACAAUCAGUCUUCCUUCAGCUUUUGCUUCACUUCAGACACAAAAUACCUACAUCAGAAUUGGUCAACUUUACCAAAGUCAUUGCUAGUUAUGUCCAUGGUGAAACUUGGGUUGAUGCAUACAUACGAAUGCUUGUAGCUCAUUGUCAGUUGUUUAAUACGGACAUAUCAGACGACUGUAAGCAAGUCAAAGGAUAUGUUUUCACCUCAGACAAUGAGAAGAUGGCAAACUCGGUAUUACAGCAGCUAACAUCAGGUCGGGGUCAUGUGGCUCAUUCAUCACAGUUAUCCCAACAAGGAAAGGAGGAGAGCAGCAUACAUUUAGAUCCUACAUUGCAUGAUGUAUAUGCCUCUCCUUCAGAUGACUGUAAAAAUAAAAGUACCACCAAGUCAGUAGAAUUGACUGAUUUAAUAGAAGAUAAUGACACUGAAGAACCAACUGUAAAGAAAGCCAAAGUAUCCAAAGAGGAGGCACUAGAACCAAACAAAAUUUUAGAAUCCCUAGAUGCAGCAACACAGGCUGAUUUGAUGAAGCUGAGAGAACACUGGCAAAAUGAAUACAAAGAUUUUCCAGAAGAAUUUAAGUUAUUUUACACUUCAACUCCAAACCAGGUGGGCGAGUACUGCAGAUUUAUGGACCUUGAUAGUUUAUCAGAAAAUUCUGUGGCAAGUGCUUGUCAGAAUCUACUGAUAGUUAGUGAAAGCAUUAGUCAUGACAACAGUGUACAGUUUCUUCAGUCAGCUCUACUGCCCAAACUUUCUGCUGGUGCCUCCAGACCUAUACUAGGUCUUUUGAAAGCUAUUGGAGAAAAACUUCCAAAUUCCCUUGUUGAUGGAAUAUUUAUGCACCUUGUUCUGUCAGAGAAAUCAAGUUCCUCACAUUAUGAUGUCAUGUGCAAGAUAAUGAAAGAUUCCAUGCCAGUUCCAGUUCUUGUUCACUUUAUCAAGAAACUUAACUCAACAUUAGAAGACAUAACAGAGGCUCAAUUUCCAGUUUACCAAAUGCUUUUUGAUCUUAAGAUUCCCUUGGGAAAAAAAGACAUAUCACUUAUACUAGAAAUUUUGCGAAAAUCUGCACCAGCCUUUCCUAAGAACUUGAAAUUUGGAAAGCUCGUCCUUGCCACCCUCAAUGUGUAUGGAAAACUGAUGGAGAGAGAACAUGUAACAACUGUUCAACAGAUACUACAGUUCCAUACAUCUUUCCUGAAAAAAUCUAUUGAGUCUGCUAUUAAUAAGCUUGGAACCAAUUAAUGAAAAAAUCCAGUCAGCCUUUGACAAGCUUAGAAUCAAUAUAAACAUCUGUGAAAUGAACUAUUUUCAUUUUUGUUUUCUUAAUGUUAAAUCCAAAUGGACUUGGAAAUGUAGUGCCUUAAAUGUAUGUCAUUAAAAUUUAACACCUCAUUUGAUAUAAAAUUGAUGUUAAAUUCUCA